UAGUUCGGUGAUUUUAACAACGCUUUUCAUGCCCUUCAAUAAAAUAAAGGCGUGGAGAAACCGGUUAUAUUAACAACACCGCUAAACAAAAACCGAGAACAUAACACUGGCAGCGGAUCUGACAAGAGCAAGAAAUCUCUCAACCAGAACUCAAGGGAAAAUAUGUUUUCUCUACCUACAACCUUUCAGUCCCAGGGAACAGUGCCUUUGACCCAUCUUAUCAAUGUGAUCCAGUACUUGAAGAGUUCAGCCAAUUCUGCCAUCAGCAUGUCAGUUCAGAGUUUACAGAGAGAUCGUCCAUCUGAACAUGACCUACUUCACAAUGAGCCUAAAGCAAACCUGGAGGAUCUGUGUCUAUCAAAGCUGAGGUCUAGUCACGUACAUGAUGUUCUAAGAAGACUGAUGCCAUCUUUAGAUCUGGAGGAGAAGACUCUCCGAAGCGCUGUUCAGACCUACACGGAAUGGAAAACGUCUCAUGUUUCCGCACCCUCCUUCUUCCAAAAUAAACAUGGGUUCCCUCACAAACACACUGGACUCUUUGGCUCUUCAGUGUUUCGCAGGCAAAGCUCCAGCCCUCUUCACGCUGUCUGUGCAGAUUUGCACCAUCUGCAGUUCUGGGUCCAAAACAGAGGUUUCAAGACAAUGAGAACCAAGACCAGACAUCAGCAGUCUGAAGGUCCAAUAGAAUCAGCGAAUUAUACUCCAGUCUUCAUGAAGGGUCUCCUUACCAAGGACAAGCAAAACGUUGAAAGUCUUGAGCAGUUAUUGAGAAGAAAGAACCUGCCGGUGUCUCAUCAGGACGCUUUUAAGACCGGCUUUACAGAAGGCUUCAUGAAAGCUCAGGCGCUGACACGGAGAACUCAAGACGUUGUAAGGAAGACACGUCUGGUCGUGUUCGUUUUGUUGUUGGCUAGUCUGUAUGGACUGUCCAGAAGUCCUUUCUUUUCUGGCAAAGGGUCGUUUUCUGAUGCUGUUAGUUUCCGCACCACCUCUCGCCUGGAUUCAGCCAUGGAUCCCAUUCAAAUGAAGAAUGUCACCUUUGAACACGUGAAAGGUGUAGAGGAAGCCAAAAAGGAGCUUCAGGAUGUUGUUGAAUUUUUGCGAAAUCCCCAGAAAUUCACAGUGCUUGGUGGUAAACUUCCCAAAGGCAUCCUGCUGGUGGGACCUCCAGGAACAGGAAAGACUCUGUUGGCCAAAGCUGUUGCCGGGGAAGCAGACGUGCCCUUUUACUACGCUUCAGGUUCUGAAUUUGACGAAAUGUUCGUGGGAGUUGGAGCGAGCCGCAUUAGGAACCUCUUCAAGGAGGCCAAAGCUUCUGCUCCAUGUGUGAUUUUUAUUGAUGAGCUAGACAGUGUCGGUGGAAAGCGAAUCGAUUCUCCAAUGCACCCGUUCUCACGACAGACCGUCAACCAGCUGCUGGCCGAGAUGGACGGGUUCAAACCCAAUGAAGGGGUGAUUGUGAUUGGAGCUACAAACUUUGCCGAAGCUUUGGACAAUGCUUUAGUCAGACCAGGCAGGUUUGACAUGCAGGUCACAGUCCCCAUACCUGACGUGAGGGGCCGCACUGAGAUCCUGCAGUGGUAUCUGAAAAGAAUUACAGUUGAUUCAGCUGUAGAUCCUGAGAUCAUUGCCAGGGGAACCGUUGGAUUUUCUGGAGCAGAACUGGAGAACCUGGUAAACCAGGCUGCAUUGAAAGCAGCGGUAGAUGGGAAGAAGCAGGUGACCAUGAAGGAGCUGGAGUUUGCAAAGGAUAAGAUCCUCAUGGGCCCGGAGCGCAGGAGUGUGGAGAUAGAUCAGAAGAACAAGCAGAUUACAGCCUAUCACGAGUCAGGACACGCUAUAGUGGCUUAUUACACCAAACACGCCAUGCCCAUCAACAAAGCCACCAUCAUGCCACGCGGGCCUUCUCUCGGACAUGUGUCAUUUCUUCCAGAGAAUGAUCGCUGGAGAGAGACUCGAGCUCAGCUGAUGGCUCAGAUAGAUGUCAGCAUGGGCGGCAGAGUCGCUGAGGAACUGAUCUUUGGAAAUGACAACAUUACCACUGGAGCAUCAAGUGAUUUUGAUGGAGCCACUAAAAUAGCACAGAUGAUGGUGACACGGUUCGGCAUGAGUGACAAGCUGGGGGUUAUGACCUACAGUGACCUUACAAACUACAGUCCAGAGACACGGGCCGCUGUGGAACAGGAAGUCAGGGUACUGUUGCAGGGUGCAUAUGAAAGAGCAACAAAGCUACUUAAGACCUACAGCAAAGAACACAAGCUGCUGGCUGAUGCUCUCCUGUCUUAUGAGACUCUAGAUGCUAAAGAAAUCCAGAUGAUCCUGGAGGGAAAAACACUCAGAUGAUGAAACAUUAAAAGACACUGUCAUACUUGUUUGUAAAUUAAUCUUAGACGAUAGUUUCUUGAAGUGAAUUUUUAAUAAAAUAUUGUCGUUUUACCUUUAGCCAUCUCAUUGGCGUAAAGGGUUUUCAUCAUUUACAUUAAUUUGAUAUGGUAGAUGGAAGCCAACAGUAUGCCUAUAUGAGCAGUUAUUUCCUCUGAUGACACUAAAGCAUAAAAUCGGACUUUAUGAUUUUCAAAAAUGUUCACCUCAAAUUUUUUAUUUAUUUAUCGAGAUAAAUAUCAUUCUUUGAAUAAAGCAAUUUGUAACUUAAAAAUGGGACAUUUUUAAACCAAACCACAAUGCACAGAGGCUUCAGUGCAACUUUACACACAAGCCAAUUUUUAAUGUGACAGCAGAAUGCCAGUAUUCUUUUUCAGAUCUACUGUACAGAUAUAGAAAAAUUAUCUUUAUGUGAGAAUCUGAGCAAUGGGCUGAACACAGAACUGUACGUUUUUCUUAAGUUAUGUAUUUGGAAAUCCUUUAAAAAUUGUGGCUGAAAGUUUUUUCCCGGCACAAUUGUUUGUAUGUGUCUCACUCAGGUGACCCCUGUAUACAGGUAUAUAUAUAUAUACACACUGUAUAUGUGUGUGUUUGUUUGUUUCUUUUCAAAAUGUGUACCUCCCAAUCAAGAUUGAAAUGGGAUAAAACACAAAUAAAUAAACCUUAUUCAAAAA